AUGAUAUCAGUCAUAACACAGAAGUCAGGAGGUGAGAUCCCUGACUCUUUAAAGCCCUUUCUUACCAAUAAAUUCAUUCAUAAGACAUGGGCAGGCACAUUUUAUUGUCAACCACAAGCUAUUUUUCAACCCCGUAAUGAAGAUGAAAUUAAGGAAUUGAUCAAACAAGCUAGAUUGCAUCACAAGACUAUAAUGACGGUGGGUUCUGGCCAUUCCCCAAGUGAUUUAACCAUGACUAAAGAGUGGUUGUGCAAUUUGGAUAAAUUUAAUCAUGUGUUACAUCAACAAGAACAUUGGGGUCCGGUUCUGCCAGGGUCAACUGAGCAAGAGGUAAAGUUUGUUGAUUUAACGGUUGAAGCUGGGUGUCGCAUAUUUGAAUUGAAUCAAUACUUGAAAAAUCACCAGUUGGCUAUACAGAAUUUAGGUUCAAUUAGUGACCAAUCGGUAGCUGGGUUAAUUUCUACGGGUACUCAUGGAUCUACGCCUUACCAUGGCUUAGUAUCACAGCAGGUUGUUUCCAUAACCUUUUUAACUUCGGCUGGUGACUCAAUUACUUGUUCAUCAAUUAACAAACCAAACUAUUUCAGAGCCAUACUCUUGUCGUUGGGAAAGAUUGGUAUCAUUACUCACGUUACAUUGCGUACGUGCCCAAGAUACACCAUUAAAUCAGUACAAGAGAUUAUCCAUUUCGAUACAUUAUUAGCUCAAUGGGAUACGAUUUGGUUAGAUUCGGAGUUUAUUCGUAUUUGGUGGUUUCCAUAUACGGAUAAAUGUGUACUUUGGCGAGCCAAUAAAUCCAAUGAUGCAAUAUCACCACCAAGAGAGUCAUGGUAUGGAACCACAUUUGGUCGUUUUUUCUAUGAAUCAUUACUUUGGAUUUCAGUUCAUCUUUGGCCUAGCUUAACUCCUAAAAUUGAACAAUUUGUAUUUGAACAACAAUAUGGAAAAGUUGAAACUUUGGGUAAAGGCGACAUUGCAGUACAAAAUUCAGUUGAAGCUUUGAAUAUGGAUUGCUUGUUUUCACAAUUUGUUAAUGAAUGGUCUGCUCCAUUGACUAAUGGUGUUGAUAUUUUGAAGCAAUUGAAAUCGACUAUCGAACAAGCGGCAGCCACCAAGAGUUUCUACGUUCAUGCCCCAAUUGAAGUCAGAUGUUCAAAUGUAACUCAGUGCAACAAACCAUUUGUUGACGAUCAAGGUCAUGAAUCAUUAUAUCCAUCUCAAACUUGGCUAUCAAAUCGAUCUAAAACAAGCCCUGGCCCUAUACCCGGAAACAAUUUACGACCAUUUUUGGACAACUCGCCCAAGUUGCCUCAUAAAGACACUAACUCGUACCCUCCAACAAACGAUGAAUUGACAGUAUUCAUAAAUGCAACAAUGUAUCGACCUUUUGGCACCAAUGUAACUACUCAUACGUGGUAUCAAAUUUUCGAAAAUGUCAUGAUCCAAGCUGAUGGAAAACCUCAUUGGGCCAAAAACUUUAUUGGCGUGGAAGGCGAGAAACAAGAUGCAAAUGAAGUUGUUGACGACUUACAUCAACAAUUGGAAUUUGGGGGUAAACCAUUCUACACUAUGAUUGGAUUUAAAAAGUUAAUGCAAGAUUGGUUUGGUCAGGAUCUUGUUGAGUUUAACAAGGUUCGUAAAUUGACAGAUGCUGAUGGAGUUUUCCUCUCAGGUAAACCCUGGGCUGAUAGAAAUGGUAUUUUAUUGGAUUAA